GUCUGACACAUCGCCAAACGUCGCCAAACGUCGCAAUUCAUGUCGCAAGGAAAACCCUGAAGUGACGCAGCAACAGACAUCGACAACGUUUUGCUUCUCCUGAGGUGCCUUUCCAAUCCUUCAAAACCCAACGCUGAAGCUGGCAACUGAGGUUAAAUGACAGCUCAAUAGGAAGUAAUUAGUGAUGGCACUUCCUGGCGAUGCCCUGGCAAUUAUUUUCGGCAGCGUCAACCUGCGCGACAGAGGCGCAUGCCGGCUUGUGUGCAGGAGCUGGCGAGCGGCUGUGGAUUCGCUCACAGUGCGAGUGCUGGAGCUGCGAAGCCCAGUGCUGGUCCCGGCGCUGCCGCGCUAUCAACUCCUCCAACAGCUCACGCUGUCGGCCAGCCUCACCAGCAGCAGCUCAGACUUCUCAAAGGCGCUGGGGCUGCUGCCAUGCCUGCCACAUCUGGCAGGGCUCUGCCUCAUCUUCGCCUCGCCCGCGGCUGUGAAGCUGCCUGCGUCGCUCCAGGCGCUCACACGCCUCACAAGCUUGGCCGUGCACGCGCAGCCACGGCAGGGCCCCCUGCAAGGGCUGGGUCAGACGGGGCUAAGCCUGGUAGCGGGACCAACUGGGCCUGACGGCCUGGGUGGAGACCUGGAGGCGAGCGCAGGCGGAGAUGGCUUUGGGAUUGCUGGCGGCAGCGGUGUCGCAACAGCAGAGGGCGGUCGCGCACUGCCGCCUCCCCGGCUGCCACCUGUGCCGCAGCAUCUGCAGCAGCGGCCGCAGCCGCAGCACCAGGGACCGGUCCUGUCGGGCGCUGUCGCAGCGGCGGCUGCAUUCGCGGCUGCGGCGGCCUCAUUCGGGCGCCAGGACAGCGGCGGCGGCGGCAUCGGGCGGAGCGGUGUGGCCUCUGCCGCCGCGGUGCGGGUCGCGCCACCCGGCCUGAUUGCCCUGCUGCUGUCGCUGCCGUACCUCUCAUCUGUGGAGCUACUGCACGUGGCCGUGUCAGCCACGGACGUACUUUCUGCGAUCCGGCAUGCAGCUGCUACAGCCUCAGCAAGUGCUACAGCCUUGGGCGAGGCACGGGGCGCGCAGCGGGCGCCGGCUGGCGCCCCGGCGUCGUCGGGUGUUCCGGGGUGCUGCAGCGGCGGUCUGCGGCGGCUGGUGCUGGUGGGCAGCGGCAUCAACGUCAUGGGCGUGGGGGCGCCGGCCGCGGCGCUGCAGCUGGCGCAACUAGAGGUGCUCACGAUGGAUAGCUGCACGGGGGCGGAUGAGCUGGUGCCGCUGCUGCCGCUGCUGACACGGCUCAAGCACCUUUCCCUGUCAGGAAUGGACUACGCCUGGGCUGCCGCCGCCGGCUACACGCGCCGCGCUGGAUUCAACUCCGCCAAUAACCUGCACGACCAGGGCGGUGCUGGUGGCGGCGGCGGGUUGGGCGGGCUGGGGAAUGGCGGCCUCGCCGGUAUGCUCGGCGGCGGCGGUGCCGGAGGGAUUGAGGGGGACGAGGAGGAGGAGGAGGCCCUGGCAGAGCUGGAAAUGUUGGAGGCAGCGGCAGCAGCGGCAGCGGGGGACGGACGGGCAGCAGCAGAGGCGGAGGCGGCAGCAGGGCCCGGGCCUCACAUGGCUGCGGCGGUGGCGGCGGCUGCAGCCACUGCGGCUGCGGCUGCGGCGGGCGCGAAUGCGGCCAUGGCACUUGGUCCAGGCGGAGUGGACGGCGGCGCAGGCGCUGCAGCGGGAGGAGAAGGUGAUGCGGGGUCACGACGGCGGCGGCUGGCGGCGGCGCGGCGGCCGCUGGGCUUCCUGCAGCGGCUGCCGCGGCUGUGCAGCCUGAGUCUCGGCGGCGCCUUCCUACGGACCCUGCCCAGUCGCGAGCUGGUGGGGCUGACCGGACUCACAGCACUGGACCUGUCGGGAAAUGGCAUCGAUGACCUGCCCUACGGCCUGGUGUCUCUGCCCUCUCUGCGGCGGCUGGACUGCUCCCACAACCAACUGGUGGCGCUGCCAGGCUGGGUCACGGCCAUGCAGGCGCUCACGUCUCUGAUAGUACACCACAACUCACUGGAGCGCUUCCCCGUGUUGCUGUACGACAUGACCUGCCUGCAGCACCUGGCCAUCGGCCACAACCGCAUCAGCUGGUGGCCAGUGGAGUCGCUCAUGCCGCGGACCCCGCCCGCUGGCCUGCACCCGGACGCCGCCGCCGCCGCUCCUGGUGGCGCCGCCGCCGCGCCACUUCCGGCGGAGCCGCCGCCGGCGCCGCAGGCGCAGGCGCAGCCGCACGCCCCCGCUGCGCGCCCGGCUACUCCGCUGUCGCCGCCGCCCCAGCCGUUGUGCUACAUGACGUCAUUGGACAUGUCGCACAACCGGCUGUUUGGGCUGCCGGGCGGGCUGGCGGCGGGCGCCUUGGGCCGCUCGCUGCGCUGUCUGCGGCUGCGCGACAGCCUCAGCGGGCUGGACGGCACGGGCGCGGCUCGGGCCAUGGCGCUGCUGGCGGGCGUGAGGGACCUGCGAGAGCUGGACCUGUCCUCCAACCACCUGGACCAGCACUGCAUAGUGCCGCUGUCGGAGCUGCGCAGCCUGCAGCGGCUGUGGCUGUCGGACAACGCACUGGAGGAGCUCCCCCUGGGCCUGGCGCACCUCAGUGACCUGCGGCUGCUCAGCCUGAGAGCCAACCGCUUCACCGAUGUGCCGGUGUGCUUGCGCUGGAUGUCUGCUCUCGAGGCCCUGGACUUGUCCUGCAACCGGCUGACAGAGCUUCCUGCCUGGAUGGGUGGGCUGAGCGCCGCGCCUGCGCCUGCACCCCAAGCACCGCACCACCAGCAGCACCAGCAACAGCAACAGCAACAGCAUCAGCACCAGCAGCAGCACUGGGAGGCGAACCACACCAAGGUCCCACACGGCAGCUGCAUGGGGGCUGCUGGUGCCGGGUUGGGGGCGCCGCCUGGCAACAGGCCCGGCGUGCCAGGAGGCUCUUGCUCCGCCGCUGAUGACGGCUGGGUGUGUCGCUGCUGGCCACCCGAAGACACACUCCCUGCCAGCCGCGUAGACGGCUGCAAACAGCAGAAGCAGGAGCACGACCUGGACGAUGGAACCUUGCCCGGCAGCGCAGGCCUUCGUCGCAGCGUUGACGCGGGGCCUCGGGCGGUGGGCGACGCCAUGGGUGAAGGGGAGCGGUGGCGCCAGCCUGCUGCUGCGGGCAGCGGGCCGCGCGGGGAGGCGCAGUACUGCGAGGCGGGACUGGAGGGGCUGCGCUGGCUGGACGUGUCGCAGCAGUAUGCGGUGGUGGUCAGGGAGAGCGGCGUGCCGCACGUACCGCCGCGGCUGGAGGUCCAGCCACCGCACUGCCUGUACGGGCCACUCCAGGGCGACCUGCCGACUGAGCUGCUGCGGCUGCCGCGGCUGCGCACCCUGGUGCUGCAGCGGCACCCGCUGCUGGCGCGCAGCGCUGUGCUGCGGAAGCUGCAGGCCCGUGGAGUGGAGGUGGUGCAUCCGCGCCCGCUGCGCAUUGAGGCCCUGCCCGGAGCCGCCGCAGCCGCCUUCACCACCGCAGCCGCUGCCGGCGGCGUCCUCUUCCCCGCUGCCUUCCACGGCCGCCUGAUGCUGCCCGGCGCGCCCGGCGGGCCAGACGCGGCGGUGCGCUCCGCCGCCGCGGCGGCGGCGGCAGCUGCUCGCGCCGCCGCUGCGGACCCGCAGCAGGUUCAGGCCGCGGCGGCGGCGGCGGCGCUUGCUGCCAUGCCACGUGGUCUGGGCGCUCGCGUGUCGCUGCUGCUUCUGGGUAUGGUGAUGCUGAUGCCGCUGUGCACGGCGGGGCUGUGCUCAGCGUUGGGUCUGCCGCCGCCGCCACACGUGGUGAUGCUGGUGCUUGUGGCGCUGGCAGUGCGGCUGGCGCUGGUGGCACUGGGUAUGUCGCGGGCGGCGGAGGCGCGGAGGCGGAGGCAGCGCGCGGUGGCCGUGGCCGCGGCGGCGGCAGUGCCGCCCAUGCCGGGCGUGGGUCCUGCGGCCGGGCCGGCUGUGGGGCUUGCACAGCAGUACUACUUCUAGCGCAGAGGUGCACACCGUGGGUGCACACGUGGCGGCGGCUUGCUUUAAGGCGGAGUCGCAGGGCGCGUAACUGCAAAUACGCGGCGUGGACAUG